GUUAAGCGGGAGGGGCGGUGCGUCUCGCGUCAGCCGCCUGGAGCCCUGGAGCUGGGGUGUCUGCGGGUGUCCAGGGGUGCGCGGCCCGCAUCCAAGGAUGUGACAGGUUGGGCGGGGGGCGGAGCCCGAGGGAGCCACCUCGGUCGCCUGUUCUGAAGGCCCUGCUGGGUCCUUAGGCCCGAUGGCGACGUCAGCGCAGAGGGACCUGGUGCAGCAGGGCUGUGUGACCUUUGAAGACGUGACCGUCUACUUCUCCCAGGACGAGUGGGGGCUGCUCAGCGAGGCACAGAGACUCCUGUACUGCGAUGUGAUGUUGGAGAACUUUGCACUCAUAGCCUCUCUGGGGCUCACGUCUUUCAGGUGCCAUGUUGUUGUCCCACUCGAGAUGGGGAAAGAACCCUGGAUGCCUGACAGAGUGGCUAUGACUUCAGCCAUGGAAAGAGGGGCUUUGGGCAUGCCUAGCUCUGAUUUUUGCUGUGGAACAGAGCUCAAGGAGCUACCUUCUGAUCAAAAUAUUUCUGUACAAGAAAUAUCACAGGAUGGGAAUCCCAAGACAGCUCUGUCCAUACAGAAGACCUACCCCUGUGACACAUGUGGCCCACGCUUGAGAGACAUUUUGUACCUGGUUGAACAUCAAACAGCACAUGCCAGGCAGAAGCCCUACAUGUGUGAAACAAGUACGACAGUGUUCAAGUUCAACAGAAACCUUCCCCAGCAACAGGUGCAAAAAAAUGCAGAUAAGCCUGCCAGAAAGGAGGAGGAUAGGGCUUCUCCUGGAAAGACCUGUGCUGACCACACAUCACAGAAACCUUUCACGUGUGGGGAGAGCAGGGAGGACUUUGUGGCCAUAUCGGGCUUUGUACAGCAUCAGAUCACUCCCAGUGUGGAGGAGGCACACAAGAAUUCUGAAGGUGCAUUAGAUUCUCCCACUGCUAGGGAUGCUUUCAGUAACAUAUCCACACUUGUUCAUCAACAGACAGUCUACACUGGAGAGAGGCCCCAUGAGUGCACGAAAUGUGCAAUAAUCUUUAGUGAUGCGUCCAGCCUCAAGCAACACCAGAGAGUUCACAAUAGAGGAAAACCUUAUGAGUGCUGUGAGUGUGGGAAAUUUUUUAGCCGGCACUUCAGUCUUGUGGAACAUCAGAGAAUUCACACUGGUGAAAAGCCAUAUGAAUGCAAUGAAUGUGGAAAAUUCUUUAGCCAACACUCCAGCCUUUUUCAACAUAAGAGGAUUCACACUGGUAGACGUACUCAUGAGUGCAGAGAAUGUGGGAAAUUCUUCAUCUGCAACUCCAGCCUAGUUAAGCAUGGGAGAGUUCACACAGGAGAACGACCUUAUAAGUGCAAGGAAUGUGGGAAAUCAUUUAGGCAAAUCUCCAAUCUCACCCAACACCAGAGAGUUCACACGGGAGAACAGCCUUUUGAGUGUGAUAAAUGUGGGAAAGUCUUCAGUCGAAGCUCCAACCUCAUGAACCAUCAGAGGGUUCACACUGGUGAACGGCCUUAUAAGUGCACUGAAUGUGGGAAGAUGUUCAGCCAAAUCUCCCAUCUCAAGAUCCAUCACAGACUUCACACUGGUGAACGCCCUUAUCAGUGCAAUGAAUGUGGAAAAUACUUUAACCAAAGCUCCAGCCUCAAAGCCCAUCAGAGAUUUCAUACUGAUGAAAGGCCUUAUGAGUGCAGUGAAUGUGGGAAAUCUUUCAAACAAAGCUCAAAUCUGAGGCAGCACCAAAUAGUCCAUAAACCAGACAGGCCUUAUAAGUGCACUGAGUGUGGGAAAGCCUUCACCCAAAACUCUACCCUCAGUAAUCAUCGCAGGCUUCACACUGGUGAACGGCCUUAUGAGUGCAGCGAAUGUGGGAAAACCUUCAGACAAAGGUCGAAUCUGAGUGAACACCAAAUAGUUCAUAAACCAGACAGACCUUAUAAGUGCAGUGAGUGUGGCAAAGCUUUUAGCCAAAAGCGCACCCUCAUUCAACAUCAAAAAAUUCACACCAGAGAAAGGAAUGUAAAGAAUAUGCAUCUGCCUUGUUGAACACAGCUGUAUAUAGCAGAGAGGGACUGUGACAGUGGGCUUUAUAAGGGGGUGUCGGUUCAUCCAUGUGGACACACUGGGGAAAUUUCCUAUGAAAGCUGUAUAUAGUGGAUGCUUUCAGGACUGAAGUCAUAUUUGUCCAUUUUAUCCCUGCUAGACUUUGCAACAAAAGCUAUCUCAGCUUGGCCCACUGUCUGGCCUCCAUAGUAUGUAUCAGCUAUUCCACCGUCUCAGGGAAAGCAUCCCUUUGUUUUCUUUCUAGUGCUUGAAUGGAACCUAAGUUUCUGAGGCUAUCAGAAGAUGUCACUUCUUCAUGGAUGUUUUAGUUGUAGGUAUGACCUAUUUUUGGCCAUGAUGCCCUAAAUGGAGUUCUACUGGCAGCUUACUGAGAUGGUUUCCUUUUUCAGGGAUAUUCAGUGGUUUAAUGUGUUGAAUUUAUUCAUCUUCUAUACGACCUGACCCAAGUACUAAAAUAAAUUGGUUUGGUUCAUAUUAUACUAGGAGCCUUAUUGAUUAAAUCAUGUUUUAUCUUUCUUCUGAUUGUUGUGAAGAGUAGUUUGAACAGAGAACAGAGCUAAGGUCUAUUAAUCAACAGAUAGCUCCAAAUUGUGUGUGUUUCCAGAUUGACUGGCUCAGAAGUGACAGCGGUAUGGCAGAAAACAACUGUCAGCCCAGAUUUGGCCUUAUGUUAACUGUUAGCCAAGCUUUCUAGGAAAGGCUGUAUUGCUUUGUGGACUUGUAUUCCAGUCUUGAAUGCUGUGAAUUUCAUGUCCUUAAUGGCAUGAAUUUUUCUCUUAUCCUAAGUUGUGACCAUCUCUAGUGCACCUGAAAAUAAUACCAAUUGGGCCCCUUAUCCCUUAGUACAGUGUUGGCAAGUAUUUUAGAGGUCAAUUGUCCAAACUGCAACCGAAAACCCACUUACUUAUUGUAAAGUACCAACAAUGCAGUUAAACCUGAAUGCUCAGCUGCUUGGGCAAUGCUGGGGUGAGUUGGUUUGGGUGCCAAGUGCUCUGUGUAUCCACUAUGGCAUACAUAGCAUAGGUUGCCACAACUGCCCUAGCACUGUUAAGCAGUUGCUGUUCAACUGUUUCCUGACAAGGGAUUAUAUGCUGUGAAAUUCAGUGUGCGUUAUACAGAUGUGCCCACCUUUAAGACCUGCUAAGCCCAGGUGGGUCUAUAGUUUGUACAGAAACACACAGUGUGACUAUAGAGAGUGGGUGAGACUGUUCUAAAAACAUCCUCAAAUGUUCCUUUGAAUGUCACUGUGUAGGAUUGAGGACAUUGUGGCUUGUAUUUAGAUGUCUGCCCAAAGCUUCAUAUGGUCAUAGAUGGUAAGUUUUUAAGGUAGCUGGAUACGGGUUGUGAAUGUGGAUUGAGCAUGUGAUGCUGGGAUUAAGGGGAUCCCUCCCUGGGUAUGGGUGGCAGAGACCAAUAGACUUAUAGCCUGGAUGAAGUAUAAAGGUGGUCUUGCUGCUGCUGCUGCUGCUGUUACUGCUGCUGCUUGCUGCUCUGCUGUCUUCAUCCUGCUUGCCAUAGACUAUUGGCCAUGCUGCCCUGCCUUGGAGCCAGCCAACUAUGGACUGAAACCUCUACAAACUGUGAACUGAAAUAAACUUUUCCUCCUUUAACUAUGGGUGUUAGACAAGAAAAGACAGAUUUUGUUACCAGAAGUGAAGUCAUUAUUGUGAUAACUACCUGACCAUGUGGUUCAGAGAGUUUUGGAACUGGCUUGUGGAAAGAGUUUGGAAAGCUUUGGAGAUGCCAAUUAAAGAAGAAGCCCUGGAAUGCUUUAAUUUGUACUUGAUUUGAGAUUCUGGUCAGAGUUCAGAAGACCAGAAAGCUGAUAGAAAUGCAGCCAAUAAAGACCAUGCUCGAGAGAUUUCAGUUAAGAAUGAAGAUUAUAUUGGCUGUUGGACUCCAGACUGUGUAUGUUACCCUUUGAAAGAAAAUUUGCAUUUU